AUGAAAAUCAGCAGCAUACUCCCCCCCCCACAAAGCCUCUUUGACGAGGGAGAGGUCGAGCAACAACUAGCCUGGCAUCAGAGCCGACUACAAUCAAGGAUUGAAGCACACCAGAGGUGGAUUGUUGCAGACCUUGCGCGAUUCCACCGCUCCAAUAUCUACCAGCUCAGCGUUGUCCGGGUCUUAGGAAGCCACCACACCCGGCCCGAGUUCUUGUCCAAGCUAUUUGGCCCGCUCCUUGUCAACGGACAGGAACAAAUGCUGCCAGAAAUCUUCCGACGUUUGGAUGAGCUCCAAGACAAACUUGCCAAGCUGGGCAUCUUCUCCCACCUCCAAGUCUCUCUAGCGGCCACUAAGGACAAUCCACGGGGAUCAAGGCGCUUGUCAAUUUUGUCAAACGCGGCCGCCUCGCCCGCGCCCAAAACCUCUUUGGUCGAGCCAAAGUCUUUGAGGCCGGCGUUGGCCUGCGGACAGGUCCGGGCCGAGGUUCCGCUCUUGGCGGCAAGAGCACGUGCCGAGCUCGCUGUCAACGCCUGCAAACAUGACCUUAGCAAAUUUGUGAGCUGUAACAAAACCGUCAAGGGUGUGGCUGCCAAACUGAAGACUGAGACCGGCUAUGGUGCCCAUGAACUAAGCUAUGAUCUGACCACCCGUACCAUUGGCAGUCUACUUCCCGGUGCAUCAGAUAGCAUUCAACAGGCAGCAGCUGCUAGCCCUAACCUGAAGUCAGCUGUCACAUUAUCUUGGUUCCGGGACACACGAGACCACGCCAAACGUCCCCAGUUUAGUGGAUAUAGUCUCAACAGCCAGACCCCAAAGUACUGCCAGGGAAUCAACAAAUCCGUUUGCAAGAAAACCGCUCUGGGCGGCAAGCGCAAACCAAUCAAACACAAGUAA